GAGCAUGCGCUGUGAUGAAUAGAAGAAAUGACGCCAUUUUUUGUAGAAUAGCAGAAGAAAAAUCAGAAAAAAAAACACAGGAAACAGACGCACAUCAGUUCAAAAUCAUAUUAAACUGUGACCUUUUACAGCGCUUCAGUCUUAUUUGUUGAAAUAGUCUGAAUUCAAGCAUUCUGAUUACCCUGGAACGGUAAGAAAUUAAGUUCCAGCUAUGGCAACAACAGAUUAUCCAAACCCGUAUGAAAAUACAGGUUAUCAUAAUUACCAAGACCCCUACACUGAUAAUCAGAAUGAUUAUAAUUACUCUGAUUAUAAUCAGUCGUACAGUGAUACAAAUGGAGCGGAUAGCUAUGGAUCUGAUAACAGUUACGGAGGAUAUCAAGACACAUAUAAUAACACAGACAAUUAUGGCAGCGAUCAUUCAGGUAGAAGUGGAGACCAAGAAGAGAGAGACAGGCAACAAAGAAAGAAUAGAUCAGAGCGUAGACGAGAAAUGAGAAGUGGUGGCCAUGAUAGACAUCGUGAUCGGGAUAGUUCCAGGAAUAGAGACAGAAGGGAUGAUAGAUAUGAUAGGGACAGGAGAGAUAGAGACAAUGACGACAGAGCAGGUGAGAAAUGGGUAACAGACACACCUUCUAACACAGUCAUUCUACAGAGGUUGCCAAGCUGUAUUGAAGAAAAAGAUAUUAAAGCAGAAUUGAUGAUGUUUGGAGCCCCCAUAAGAGAUGUUCGUCUAAUGAGAAAAAGUUCAGGUGCCUCAAGAGGGUUUGCUUUCGUCGAGUUUCAGAAUCGAGACGAUGCUGUUCGCUGGAUGGAUUCAAAUCAGAAAAAGCUGAUCCUGCAGAAUCAGUACACUUGUACAAUGAACUUCAGCACACCAAAAGAUCCAAAGGAUAAACAGAUGGUUCAUCGUAUGGAUUGGACGUGUGUGAAGUGUGGCGUACAUAAUUUCAAGCGACGAGAUUACUGUUUCAAGUGCAAUAUGUCCAGAUAUGAAUCUGGUAAAUCACAAGCUGAUGGUUAUGACCAUGUGGGAACUAACCCUUGUAACACUUUAGUGUUACGAGGACUUGAUGCAUUGACCACAGAAGAGUCAAUUCUAAGGGCUUUAAAUGCUGUAACACAGCUAACAUGUAAGAACAUCCAGGUUGUGAGAGACGCCACCACUCAAGCUUCACAGGGUUUUGCAUUUGUUGAGCUCGGCUCUGUGGCAGAAUCGGUGAACGUGCUCGAGGUUUUAAAACAGAUGAAUCCUCCCUUAGAAGUUGAUGGAAAACAGAUCUUGGUUGCUUUCGCUAAGAACACUUUCACAACAUCUAUGGCAACAAUAAAUGCUGCUGCACAACAAAGCUGGGACCAGUCUACAGGGGAAUACUAUCAGAACUAUGAUUACAGUCAGUACGACCAGUCUGGUUACUACUCGGGACAGUACUAUGAUGGGCAGAAUUAUGACUACUCAAACUACUAUUCUGAGUCAGGGGACACACCCACCACUUCAACAUCAGUGGACUCAACGAAUGCAGCGGCAGCAGUUGCUCAGGCAGCUAUACAACAGGCUCAGGCAGCAAAACAUUAUCAAAAACAGGUACAGCAGCAACAGAAAAUAGCUGAUAUGUCAACAGAGGAAAAACUUGCACAUCAAGCUCAAGCCUGGAAACAGAAAACUGAAGACAAACCUACCACACCACAGGAACAUACAAAAUACCCGGCCCCAGAUGUAAGCUUGUACCAAUAUGAUGAGACAUCAGGAUAUUAUUAUGAUCCAGUAACAACCCUCUACUAUGAUGCCAGCUCUCAGUAUUACUACAACAGUCAGACAGGAGGGUUUAUGUACUGGGAUGCUGAACAGUCUACGUAUCUUCCUGCACCAACUGACGACUCAUAUCCAGACAUGAAAUCUCUGGAUAAAAAUGAUAAAAAAGAUGGAAAAGAUAAAAAGGAAAAAGUGAAAGUGGCCAAGAAAAUUGCAAAGGAUAUGGAAAAAUGGGCAAAGUCAAUGAAUGCUCAAAAAGAGGCAGUUAAAGAUGGAAUAAAGAAAAUCAGUAUGCCAAACCUCUCGGGCAGGAAAGAGUCCGCUACAGCAGAUGCUGGAUUUGCCAUCUUAGAAAAAGUGAAAAAUGCCACAACAGAGGACAAAAAGUUGAUGCCUCCACCACCUCUGCCUGGUGGAAGCACUCCAACAAGUGAGGAAAAGGCGAAACUUGGACUGGUAGCAUCAUAUGGUGGCGACUCUGACGACGAAGAUGAGGAUGAUUCAUCCACUGGAUUUGAUGAAAGUAAACUGCUGGACCAUUCAAAGAAGGCGUGUCUGCUGUGUAAACGACAGUUCCAGAGUAAAGAACAGCUGAUUAGACAUGCACAGAUGUCAGAUUUACAUAAGCAAAAUUUGGAAUCCUUACGUCAGUCACAGGGUGUCGGUACUUCCUCAGGGGGGUCAGGAGGAAUGCAGUAUCGUGACAGAGCAAAAGAAAGGCGCGAAAAGAUUGGAUCGCUUGCUCCUCCUCCCAGAAAACGUCCCCCACCACCACCAGAACCGUAUGAGCAGCCAACAAAAGCUGGUCUUGGUUCUGACAAUAUUGGCAGUAAAAUGUUACAGAAGAUGGGAUGGUCUUCAGGACAGGGUCUUGGUAGAUCUGGUCAAGGCAUUGUUAACCCAAUAGAGGCAGAAAGACGCAAUUCAAGUGCUGGUUUGGGAAUGCGAGGAUCAAAAGUUCACAUAGAGGAAUCAGACAACUACAAAGAUGCAUUGAAGAAAACUUUAUUUGCAAGAUACAAUGACAUGGACUGAACAGAAAUAAUUCACUUAAUAUUGACAUUAACUUUGUUACAAUGAAAUAAGACUGAACAAACUGACCAGGGAGAACUGUUUUUCAGAUGCUCAAGCAGAGGGGGUGUUGGGGAUCAUCUUUUCAGAAUUUCUUACAUGCAAUAUCAUUUCAUGAAAUGACAAUUCAUACAACUGCUUGGAUUUGCAACGUGGAUUAAGAGCUGUAAAAUCAGUUGAAAAGUUGGAAAUGAAAGCCAAGUUUCCCAGGAUAAAACUUUUGGCUUUGUGCUGGCCAAGUUGGGUUGUUAAUAGCUAACUGGAAUGUGAAGGAACUAGUGAUGAAGCUAGAUCAGUGUUCUUGCAGUGUUCAAUGUGGUGAUAGGAGUGAAGCAUGUUGUUACUAGAAUCUGUGCCAAAAUAUACUAUCACAUCGGGAUGGACAAGAUGAAAUGUUAGAGUUACAGAUUCAUUGUUAGUCAUAUCAUUUUCAUGUUGUUUUUCCUUCCCUUUAUUGAUUUACAUAUUUUAAUGUAAUAUUUUUCUCAACAUAUUUUGUCAUAAAAAUCAUGUCAUUGAUGGAAAUAAAGUAAUACCAGAAUGUU